AUGGCCAUUCUGAGCUUUUCGCUCACACCUGCUGCCACCGGCCGCAUAUCUGAGCUGCUCACGUGCUUGGCCAAAUUCGGCGAGGCCGUCUCGUUGGAGGCUCGUGGCGAGAAGGCGCGUCGCGUCGACUUCACUUCACCUGGCGUCUCCGCCGCUGACUUUGGCCUAGCUCACGCUUACGGCAUUGAAUCUCUCCAGGACUGCCUACGCUUCCUAUGCGCUCGACAGCAGAGCCUUCUUCAUCGAAUAUGACUUUCACGGCCCCAGCCAAGCGGGCGGCGGCGACCGCUUUACCUGUCAGCUCUACAACAAGGUAGGCUUUGCAGCGGAGGAUCAUGUACCAUCUGCUGACCACCGUCCAGGCCUUACAGUCCGUGUUCAAGGGCCGUAUGGCAGAUGCGAGGGGACGAGAGACGGCCAUUGAGCGAUGCGACGUGAGCGUUGAAGGACAGCCUGACAAGACGGAAUGCCGACUCAUUGUGGAAAUGCUCUCCAAGCAUGGCGUGACCAAGACGUAUCGCCUGAAUUACGAAGCAGCAGAGGUCAUGCAUGCCCUUUUCGACAAGACCGCGGCGACUCAGGGUUGGCGGAUCUCUAGCAGAGUCCUGAGAGAGUACGUGGAGUACUUUGGGCCAAAGACCGAGCAGCUCGACUUCGUGGCGCACGAUGGGAAAGUGACAUUGACAAGUUUCACGGAGAAGAUCUCAGACGGGAAAGGUACAUGCUUGGAGAACUCUGCUGCGGUUCUUGCUAAUUCCUGCUCCAGAGGUGCUCAAGCAGCCACUGGAGACCGCCAUCGGCAUCCAUACCGAAGACUUCGAGGACUUCCAUAUGCAGGAGAAUAUGCACAUUGUGAUCAGUGUCAAGGACUUCAGAGCCAUCGUCACCCACUCCGAGACACUCCACGCUCCCAUCUCAGCGUAUUUCUCACAGCCAACCCGACCUUUACAGUUCACUUACCAGAACUUCGGCAUCCAUUGCGAGUUCACCCUUAUGACAACAGGUGACCGUGGAACCUCGGUCACUCCAAACCCGAAAUUCAUCUCCACGAGGGCUACACCUUCCAGACAGCCUUCUAUCCCUCCCGCGCAGAGCAGUACUCGAUCCGUUUCUGGCAUGCCGCCUCCUGCUCGACCACAUGCUUCCAGACCUCUCGGAAGCCAGACGCAACGCCUUUCCCUGAGAGAACACGCCCAGACGGCAUCGAACGACGACCACGAUCCAGACCCCGACAGUCUAUUCGUUCCACAGGAUGACAAUGAGGAUCAUGCCUGGGAAGAAUCGAAUUACGAUCACGAAGACGAUGAGAUGCUUGGCUGGAAUCCGAACAACCAGCCGGGUUCCAGCAUGCGGCCGACAAUUCGGGACGUGAAUAGGAGGCCCGAGCUACCGAAGAAGGCCCGGGGUACACGUGAUGGGUACCCAAGCCAAGAGAGUGGUCUCGAACCUACUCAGCGUCUUUCUGAGGUGAGGGUGUGGCCGGAGGCUUUUGCCAUUCGUGGUCGCGAAGUACUGGCUAAUUAUUUCCCAGCUGCACGGCAUGUUUGA